AUGGCUACCCCCAGUGUCCUAGCUUUUGAUGCUGAGGGGAGGGCCAUUGACUUCAAGGUCUGGGUAGAUGAUCUACAGCUGUUCUUACAGUGCGAUAGGGCAGACGGUCUCUCUCUCUUUGACCUCACCUCUGGCGCGUCCCCUGCCCCUGCUGCUGAUGCUGACGCAACUUCGCUUCUGCUGCUGCUGCUGCUGCCGACCUCGUUGGUUUCGAGCCGGUCGGCGCUGCGUCUGCCCCUUCGGGGAAGCGCCGUGCAGGCAGGGGCAAGGGGGGCAAGGGCGCUGGAGGAGCUGGCGGGGGCGGUGGAGGUGGCGGUGGAAGCGGCGGAGGGAGUGGGGGUGGUGGAGGGAGUGGUGGAGGGGGUGGGAGUACCGGUGGCACCAAUGGGGGUGAAGGGCGGCGGCGGUGGCGGAGGGAGUGGAGGCGGUGGUGGUGGCGGAGGCGGCAGCAGUGGUGGAGGCGGCAGUGGUGGCGGCGGAGGAGGCGGAGGAGCUGGUCGCGGGUAG